AAGGAUAUCCAGCUCAAAGUUACCAUUACCCCCGUACUAUUUGCCGCAUCCGUUGAAACACGUCGAAUGAAUAAAUAUUUGUCUCUAACCACCCGCAAUUCUACAGAAUAACCACGAAGCAAUCACAAAUAGAAGUGAAAAGAUGUCAGACGACGAUAAGGAAUCCUCUGUACGAGUUGCAGUCAGAAUUCGCCCACAAAUACCACGCGAGCUGAUAGAUAUGUGCCGGGUGUGCACACAGGUCACACCCGGUGAACCUCAGGUAUAUCUCGGUUCAGACAAGGCAUUCACAUUCGACUAUGUCUUCGACACAACUGCGACACAGGUUUCCUUGUACGCGAGCUGUGUCGAAAAGCUGGUUGAAGGAGCACUGAAAGGCUACAAUGCAACGGUGCUAGCGUACGGCCAGACCGGCUCGGGCAAAACUUAUACAAUGGGAACUGGUUUCGAACGAGACAUCCCGGAAUUUCAGGAAGGAAUUAUACCUCGUGCGGUGCGGCAUCUUUUUGAGGGCAUUACUCAGUUACAGGCGACACCCUAUGACGAUGAUGGGGUAUAUCUUGGAUCACUGCAGUUUAGUGUUGCGGCGCAAUUUAUGGAGUUGUAUAACGAGGAAAUUAUUGAUCUCCUUGACCCCUACAGUAAAGGUCGAAUAUUCAAGAUUCACGAGGAUGCCAGCGGGGGUAUUAGUGUUGCCGGUGCCACCAUCAAGCCUCUAUCUGGACCUCAAGAUGCACUGCGCUGUUUGAUGCAAGGUGCCUUAGCACGCACAACAGCAUCCACUCAAAUGAACGAACAAUCAUCCCGGAGUCACGCUCUCUUCACAAUCCUAAUUCGGCGUCAGCGGGUGAUGAGUGCCGAAGAAUGUGGCAAUCCAGAAGGGGAUUUGGAAACCCUGACAUCGAAAUUUCAUUUCGUCGAUUUGGCCGGCUCAGAGCGGCUGAAGCGAACUGGUGCGACGGGUGAACGGGCUCGGGAGGGAAUCUCAAUCAACUGUGGCCUAUUAGCUUUGGGUAAUGUAAUUUCAGCACUUGGCGAUAAAACGAAGAAAGUUUCACAUGUGCCCUAUCGUGACUCAAAGCUAACCCGAUUACUGCAAGAUUCGCUCGGUGGAAAUAGCCAGACUAUCAUGAUCGCUUGUGUGUCACCGAGCGAUCGUGAUUUCAUGGAAACGCUGAACACGUUGAAAUAUGCCAACCGAGCGCGCAACAUCAAAAACAAAGUACAAAUCAAUCAAGACCAGAGCUCGCGAACGAUCUCACAGUUGAGGCGUGAAAUUGCCGCUUUACAGCUGGAACUACUCGAAUACAAACAGGGUAAACGAAAUGUCGAUUCUGAAGGUAAUGCAGCCAUUUCGGAUACGUUUCUGGAGAAUGCGAUGUUGUUGCAGGAUAACAAACGCUUGCAACAGCGGUUGAAGGCGAUGCAGGAAACUAUCAAUGCGCUAACGGACAAGAACGCCACACUGCAAGCACAACAAGCUCUUUUCGGUUGGUCUUCGGGCAGUACUGGCGGCAGUGGAAGUGGUGAACAGGAGGGCAAUAUAGGCACCGAGUCCAGCAUGCAACAACUAGUGGCUGGGUAUAUCAGCGAAAUCGAGAAGCUGAAGGCAAAACUAAUAGAAUCGGAGCAGAUGUUCCAACAAUUGAAGAAAGCGAAUGUCAGUCCAUCCAAGCUUGGACUAAAAGGCAAUUACUCGUUUAUCGAAGACUCGACGGAAACAGUUAUUAAUAUGGCAAAACGUGAGUUGGAGAAAGAACGAGAAUUAUUAAUGUCGCGAUCCCUACCGGGUCUGGAAAAUGACAGUAGUAACCAAAGUUUGGUGGACGGAUCGGAUAGCGAUUCUGAUACAGAGUCGGACGACAAGACUGGUGAAUUGCAAGCUGAGAUGAACGAUAUUAAUUCUGACAUUGAGAUCAAAACUAAGUUGAUUGAACAGUUAGAAUUGUCCCGACAGCGAAUGCAAGUUAUGCGGCAGCAGUAUGAAGAGAAACUUAAUGUUUUAAAUGCAAAGAUUAUCAACACACAAAAGGAGCGUGAUCAGGUGCUGGCUAAUAUGAGUGGAACCGGAACAAGCGGAAGUACAGUACAAACCGACCGAAUUCGCAAGGUGAAGGAAGAAUAUGAGCGGAAAUUGUCUGACAUGCAGAAGGAACUGAAAAAGCUUCAAAUGGCCCAAAGAGAGCACCUAAGACAGCAACGCGAGCUACAAGCGCAAGAUACUCAACUGAAAACUCUUCGUGGGGAACUGGGUGAGCUUAAGCAGAUAAAAAUUCGGCUUAUGAAAAAAAUUCAAGAGGAGAACAACAAACACAAAGAAAUGGAGAGCAGGAAGACUCGUGAAAUUGCCCAGCUUAGGAAAGAAAGUAGAAAGCAGGUGAAUAUAAUCAAAUCUCUCCAGGCUCAGGGAAUCGCCAAAGAUCAAGUUUUGAAACGAAAAACGGAGGAAGUUUCAAACCUUCGGAAAACACAACGAGGUAUGUUAAGCAUGAAGGCCGCUGGGAGAUGUCCACCCAAGAAAUCAGUUUUAACUCAGAAUACCAAGAAUUUAAAAACCAAGUGGGAUGCACUACAACGUACUAUCACGCGGGCGGCCAGAAGCCGACAGGUAGUACUGGAAUUAGAAAGAGAACUAGAGCGCUUAUUACAAGAGCGAGAUGGAUUAAGUCGCGACUUAGCAAAUGUGCGUUCCCGACAAGGUUUGGGAGAUGUCGCCGAUCUUAUAUCCGAGGAAGACACAAUCAUGGCCAAUAUGAAUUACAUUCAGGAAAAUAUCACCCAGAUUCAACAUUCCAUCAUGGAAUUAGAGGAAGGCAAAGAAUCUGCAACGGAGCAAAUACAUCUACAGAACAUUUUGGAAAACAUUCACUCUGUUGACGAGGCCAAAUUUAUUCUAGAGAAACUUUGUGGUGCUACUAUUGCUCAGGUAUGCGAAUCAGCUCUAACGCAGACAAGGUUGAAAGAGCGCGAAGCCUUGUUGAAUGAAGUUCAGCAGGAUAGCAGCAUACAGCAGCAGCUUUUGCAACAUAUUCUCGAGAGGACACCGGCCGCGACGCUAUCCGAUACGAGCUUUAGUUCGGGCCAAUCCAAUAAUUCUACUGCCGUGAUGAGCUCUAUGCUGCAAGCAGUUGCACUAUCCAACGGACUGUCGCAAGCCAGCGACAACCGAGCGGAAAUGUCCAGGGAAAGUAACACAUAUGUGAUCAAUUCGGUCACAAGAAGCCCGUCCCCAAGCAGCAGUACAGAACUCGAUAACGAUAACAUUGUCACCUACAGAAACUCCUUCAAGCUAAGACGAAGGCCCACCGCUGGUCAAGAGCCGCUGCCGUACGGGGACGACACCGGUUCUCCGUCCGCUGGCAGUAAGCUUGAAAGGGUGGGUAUUUGUAUUUAUCUUGAGGAUUCGGCAGAUGACGAUGACACGAUAAAACGCUCUCCGCAGGACGAGCAUGGCAGUGGUAUGUCUCGUUCGUACACAACCGCAACCGAAGGAUCACAUAUUCCGGUGGCCGUGACCAACAAUAGCGGCAGUGGCAACAAUGCUACUGGUACAAGCGUUGCAGGACGCAGUUUUAUUCCGCUCUCGCGUGUUCCUAGUGCCCCUGGCUCGUUAAAAGGGCUACAACCAGUGCCAAGUAUAUCUCGUCAGAACAGCACUGCAUCUCCGCUGCUGGCACGGAAAUCAUUCGACCCUGCUCCACCAUCACCUCGAAUCUCUAGGCGGACAUUCCCGAGCAAAGCUUCACCUGGAAUUGAGGAUGCUAAUGACGUACCAACUUCACCGCCGGUUUAUCGUCGGGGAACGUCUCGUGAAGAAACUGGCGAUGUAUUUUCACGACUUGGAGCUGGUACACAGGAUCCAUCACCUGGUGGCAACAUCAAGGAGUAUGCUGGAAAACUAAGAGCCGGCGCUCCACUAAUAUGCACUCAUGUUGUUGAAGGCCACAGUAAUUCAGUAUUGUCUAUCAAGGUGUCUGAUCAGACACUAUUCACAGCUGCAGCAGAUCGAACCGUCAAAGUUUGGGACUUAAGAAGUGAUUCAUCACCCACCUGCCUGACGGGUCAUCUUGGACCUGUUGCGUCAGUCGAAUGUGAUCGUACCAACAACAUGCUGUUUUCAGCAUCAGGAGCCUUCAUUAAAGUGUGGGACCUUCGGUAUAGCAAUAUUAAGCCAAUUGUAACGUUAUGUUCCUCUGGAUCGAUUCUUCCCGCAAAUGCGUCGUUGUCUGACCUAACGCCGGGUGAAUGUUCUAUCACAGCCCUCAAGUUGGGUGCCUCAGGCAAACUAUACACGGCUGCAUCAGAUAAAGUUCGCAUGUGGGACCUGCGGACGUUUUCCUGCCUCGGUCGACUGUCUGGCGGUCAUCAGGCGGCCGUUAUGUGUCUCACCGCAUGGGAAGGUCCCAAUAACACUGAUCUGGUGGCAACCGGCUCCAAGGACCACUAUGUCAAAGUUUUUGAAGUUAAUUCAAUCGGAGGAAAUGUUCCGCCAUUACUUAAUCUUGAACCACCCCAUUAUGAUGGAGUGCAAGCACUUGCCGUUGCGAAAGAUGCAACCGGUGUCGAUGCCGAGUUAUUUUCUGGGAGCAGAGAUUCCGGCAUUAAAAGGUGGGAUCUGCGCAACGGAGAACUCAAACAAUCGCUCAACAACGCCCACAAAGGGUGGGUCUCAGGAAUGGCCAUCUACGGGGACAUUUUGCUGUCUAGUUGUCGUGGUGGCGUUAUUCGUCUAUGGAAUGUUAAAAAUUGUGAUAGUUUAGCCGAGAUGAAGACGGAUCAAUCAAUUAACGAUAUUGUCACCAGCGACAAUCGGGUAUUCACAGCAUCCAAUGAUGGUAAGGUACGGCUAUGGCGUGUUUCUUCCGCCAUCCGGAGGCUCAGUGCCGAGAAUAGAUGACGCCAGAGUACGGAAGCGAUGCUGGAUCGAAUGUACUACAACUACAGCAACAGUAUGCGGAACAUUCAUUCACUAUCGUCUUCCGUGGGUCCAAGUUCAGGACCCGGAUACGUUACAGCCGAACAACCCGUGGCAGAGGGUAGUAGGCGACCAUUGAUUACUGCACCAGCUAUCCCAGUUGGGAUUGGGAAUUUGUCGUCCCAAUCUUUUACUUCACCAUCAUCAUCGACAUCUGCAUCGAUGCGCAACAGUAGACUGUACCGGAGCCUAAAUCAUAAUUACCUUGGUGUACUGAGUAGGGUAAACAACAAAAGGUAGUAGUGAAAGCGCAAAAUAUUCCAUCUGGAAAUGCCUUUGAUUUUAUAUGCACAAGCAAGACUCGAAUUCUCUAAAAUCGCCAAUUAGAUAGACUUAUUAGCUACUAGGACAUAUAUCGUUUCACAGUGUGCAGGGUUUUUAUCGACUUCAAGAAAGAGUCGAUUUCCAGUGACUUUACGCAAGAGAAUAUCGAUUAAUAAUAGCUUUAAUAUACUCGAUUUUUCCCUGUAAUGGGAUAGAAAGAAUCGGAUUCCCACACCACCUAAUUGGAAGACAAAUCUUGCCUUGAACCUAAUAGUAAUAUAAUACGUAACGACAUCAUGUUUGUACAUGACUUAGCGUUUCCGUUAAGAUUAGUAAUAUAGCAACAAAUUCAUAAUGUGGGACCCAAUUCCCACAUGUAACGAUGAAAGACAAUUAUUUCAGUAUUCUGCGUAUUCAGUCCUGCUACCUAUAAAUGCAUCUCUUCUUAUACAGUAUAUAUCCAGUCUUCGAAAUCGAACAGCAGUUAAGGCAUGAGUUAAAAAGGCCCAAAUUCGAUUGGUUGUGAUGUAGUUCAUAAGGGUGAUAUAGAGAUAUGUUCUUAUUUUAAUUAAUAAGCAGUUAUCAUUUUGAUUUGUUUUCUAUAUUUUGUUUCAUUCUUAUGUUUUUGAGUUAAGCUGCUGCCCUUAUAUUUGUGCAUAUUUGUUUAAUAGAAUAAUACUGCUAGCAAGUA